GCUUGUGAAGAAAUUGAAAAGAACCUGAAAAACGUCUAUAAGAGUGAGUUCCUGAAGACCAAGAUGAAGGAAAUCAGCUCUGGUACUGGCAUUCCUCUCAACUGCAUCCUGCCUGUGAAAAACUACUGCAUAGACAAGAAACUGCAACCUGACAUGGACGCACUGAUUCUGAGCGCCAUGAGGCAGAUCCUGGAUUUUGGAAAUGACUUUGUCAAAACUAUGGAAAUAAAUGUUGUGCCAAAACAAAGAGAUGAUUAG